GUGGCUGCGGCGUCGCCUACGUAAGCCAAUGAAAGGAGGUCUUAGUGAGAGGCCCUGCGGAGCGCGUGUCUAGCGGGAGACGGGAAGCGACUGAGAGGCUGAGGGAGAUUGAUUGAGAGGAGAGGGAAGAUGGAGGCCUCAGACGGUGCGGCUUCAGCCGCGUCCACCGCUUCGGCUGUUCCUGUGGACAAGCCGGCAGCUAACGGAGACAUGGGCCGGCCCCGGCGUGGUCUGGGCCUGGUCCCCGAGCGGCUCCAGAAGCGCGAACAGGAGCGGCUGUUGGAGGUGGAGCGGCGGAAGCAGGAGCGGCAGAACCAGACGGUGGAGGAGGAGAACAGCGACUUCUUCGCGGCCGCCUUCGCCCGCGAGCGGGAGGCCGUGGAGCGGCUGCUGGGGUGCGCGGACCAGGAGGCGCCGGGCCCGGGCGCGGACCCCGCGCAGCUGGACGAGGCGGCCUCGCGGCUGCAGGCGCUCCAAAAGCUGCUUAACGACGCCGUGCUCUACCUGGCGCCUUAUGACUUGCGGCUGGGUCAAGAGGCGCUGGCGCGACUGCAGGGGGCUUUAGCCGAGCGGCGCCAGGAGCUGCAGCCCAAGAAGCGUUUCGCCUUUAAGUCCCGCCGGAAGGACCCCGCCGCCUCGGCCCCUAGCCCGGCAGCCUCGGCCCCACCGCCAGAAAAGCCGCCGCAGCUGCAGCAGCCACCGCCCCAGCCCACGCCCCCGCUGUUAGGCGGGGUCCUAGUCCCCUCAGUCUCUGGCUUCUCCAAUCGAGAGUCGGAGACCCUGCAGAUGCAGGCGAAGGAGCUGCACCAGCGCGACAUACUCCUGACGGGGCUGACGGACUGCACGAUCCGGCUGUACGGGAACCCCAACACGCUGCGGCUGACCAAAGCCCGGGGCUGCACGGUGCUCUGCGGGCCUGUCUCCACCUCGGUGUUCCUGGAGGACUGCGUCGGCUGCGUCCUGGCUGUGGCCUGUCAGCAGCUCCGCACGCACACUACCCGAGACACUCGCAUCUUCCUACAAGUGACCAGCCGGGCCAUAGUAGAGGACUGCAGCGGUGUCCAGUUCGCCCCGUAUACUUGGAGCUACCCGGGGAUCGACCAGGACUUUGAGGGGUCUGGGCUAGACAGGAACAAAAACAACUGGAGGGAUGUUGACGAUUUCAAUUGGUUGGCCCGAGGUGUGGCCUCCCCGAACUGGAGUAUUCUUCCAGAAGAGGAGAGGAUAAUCCAGUGGGACUGAGAGCAGUGUCAAGGUUCCCCCUGCUAAUUGACUGUUUCCAGCUAGUGGACGCCACAAUGCACCUGUUCUUAACACUUGCACUUUAUGACAAGUUUUCAGUGUCUUAAUACUGGCAAUCGUGAGGAGUCUCCGUUAUAAUUUCUAUUGUAAAUAGCUCACAUUUAGACAAUGUAGUGUUCUGCUGUUGGAGAAUUUUUAAAUUGUCAUCUUAUUUUUCUAGCUCUUUGUUUGUUAAUGAUUGAUGAUUCGAGUUGGCUCCAUUGGGAUGAAUAAAAAUGAAACAAGU